UAGAAAGCUGUGCGGCUGCUGCGAAUUUCUCUCUCAGUCUCGGUGCUGGUGUGUGUCCUUUCUCUCUAGCUUUAAGCACGCACGGCUGCAGCAAUGGCCUUGCUAAAAUCGAGCAAGCUUCUUUCUGGCGUUGGGUCGUACAGCCCAGCUCUUGGAGUGUUACCUCUUCGCGCAAGCUCAUGGUGGUCUGAGGUACAGAUGGGCCCACCUGACCCCAUCCUUGGGGUGACUGAGGCUUUCAAACGUGAUUCCAACCCCAAGAAGAUGAACCUUGGAGUGGGAGCGUAUCGUGAUGACCAGGGAAAACCCUAUGUUCUUAACUGCGUCCGCAAGGCUGAGGCUUUGAUUGCUGCUAAGAAGCUGGAUAAAGAGUACCUUGCCAUUGGAGGACUGGCAGAUUUCAAUAAGGCCUGUGCUCAGCUGGCUUUAGGACCAGACAGUGAAGUCCUGAAGAGUGGCAGAAGCAUCACUGUUCAGACCAUUUCAGGAACUGGAUCUUUGCGUGUUGGAGCCAAUUUCCUUUCACGGUUCCACACUUCCGUACGUGAUGUGUACCUGCCUAAGCCUUCAUGGGGUAACCACACACCCAUCUUCAGGGAUGCAGGCAUGCAGCUGAAGGCUUACACCUACUACGACCCCAAGACCUGUGGCUUUGACUUCAGUGGAGCCAUUAAUGACGUUUCAAAAAUCCCAGAGAAAAGUGUGAUUGUCCUGCAUGCUUGUGCUCACAACCCCACUGGAGUAGACCCAAGACCAGAUCAGUGGAAAGAGAUGGCUGAUGUGAUAAAGAAAAGAAAUCUGUUGGUGUUCUUCGACAUGGCCUACCAGGGCUUUGCCAGUGGUGACAUUGAUCGGGAUGCUUGGGCUGUACGCUAUUUUAUUGAACAAGGCCACAAUGUUGUUCUCUCUCAGUCUUUUGCUAAGAACAUGGGACUGUAUGGUGAACGUGUAGGAGGAUUUACUGUUGUGUGUAAGGAUGCUGAAGAGGCCAAGCGAGUGGAAUCCCAGCUAAAGAUUCUCAUCCGUCCGAUUUACUCCAACCCCCCCAUGAAUGGUGCUCGGAUUGCUGCAACAAUCCUUAAUACCCCUGAACUCUACAAGGAGUGGUUGGUUGAGGUGAAGAGCAUGGCAGACCGCAUAAUUAAGAUGAGGGAGAUGCUUGUGUCAAACCUUAAAAAGGAGGGCUCCACUCACAACUGGCAGCAUGUCAUUGACCAGAUUGGCAUGUUCUGCUUCACUGGCCUCAAGCCUGAACAGGUGGAACGUCUAAUUAAUGAGUACUCUGUCUACAUGACAAAGGAUGGACGUAUCUCUGUGGCAGGUGUCACCUCCGGAAAUGUGGCCUACCUUGCCCAUGCCAUCCAUGCUGUUACCAAGUGAAUCCAUUGUAGAUAUUGUAUACUGUAGUGACCUUCAACUUGCACAAAAAAUGUCUCCCUUCAUUUAACUUGGGCUUUAGCCUGGAAGGGUGCUAAGUAGAACUAUCCCCUUUGUUCUCAGCUCAUCUUAAUUGGAAUUAGUGUUUACCUGUGACCUGGAGAAAUUAAAGAACAAAAGCCUUGCACUUGUGAAUUUGCCUUUGACUUGUGAUUAAGAUUAAACUAUACUAAUAUAAUGUGGUUUCCAAAGACUACAGUUUCUCAGAGGCCCUGGUUUUACUCUGGCUAUAAUUUCCUAUAUUUAAGUUAGUAACCGUUUGUCUGAAAAUUUGUAAAUAGAAUAUUUUAAUUCCAAAGCACUUAAAAUAUAUUUGGACAAUUGCAAUAAUUUGAGCCAUCAGAUUACACUAUUUAUGGUAAUGCAAAUUUGUACCACUUAAUUUGCAAACUGUUACAGACCUUUUAAACCGAUAAUUGGAUGUCCUUCGUCCCAAAAAAGUUCGUGAAAUUUUUAGUUAUUAUAAGAAAUAAAAGCACUUUAUAGAGGAGUUUAGAGUGAGGGAAGCAAAAUUGCUAACCUGAUUAAUGUAGCUCAUUGGUCUUAAGCUACAUUAAAACUGAUAUUGUCAUAUAAUCAACAAUUUAGCACACCAGAAAAAAAAAUUCUAUUAUCAUUGCUUUUGCAUGUGUGAGCUACUGGUGAAUGUAAACUUAUUGUAGGUUCUAUGGCUUUGAAUGGAUGACGAAGUAUGGUUCAUAAUAGUGUGUCUGAACCAGUUCAGAUUUAUUCACUGGGUUGUAUAAAUCCAAUUGAACACAGUUUAGUAACCAAAAAAAAUAAAAUAAAAAAUUCUCCACUUUUAAAUAUGUAAAACAACUACUGGUCGCAUACUGUAAACAAAUAAAGAUGAGCUUGUCAAGU